CUGUUGAAUCGCGCCAGCGGCGAGUUUCAGUAUGAAAGUCUCCGGAGUAAGAGAGUGACUGGGCCCGCGUGGAGAGACUCCCGGAACCUGUUUCUCCGGGACGCAUACGCGUCCGAUCUGUUCGUCGUGCUGUUCACCAGUGUGCAAGAUUCGAUUGCCGCAUCGAUGCGCGAAAAUGUGAGAAACCGGUAAUGUAAGGUGCACGUGAGAAAUGAAAAUGUUGUCGCAACGCGCACGACUCCGCGUUCAGGCGCUCAUCGUCUUAGCGCUCUGCCAAGUAACGACAAGUAAAAGACCAAUUAUCUCGCCAAACCAAGGGCAAAUCGUAAUAAACGAAGGAGAACCUUUAGAGAUUACGUGCACUGGCGUCACACCAAUUAAGUUUGUUUAUCCCGAUACCUCUGGAGAAUCGGUUAAUACUUCAAUCCCGAAAACGAAGGAGGAAAACGAUGAAACAAAUGGCAUUUACAAAUAUUUUUUCCAAAGACCAAAUACCACUUUCGGUGAUACAGGUUACUACGGAUGCGCCGAUAGUAAUGCUGAAAUUAUUCCAAAUUCCUAUGACCAUGCCGAGGUGAACUGGUUGUACGUUUAUGUGAAAUCCAAUACGAAUUUAUUUGUGGAAGAAGAUACUUAUACCCAUCUGAGUGCAGUUGCUGGCGGCAACAUUGUGAUUCCAUGCAGACCGACAUCGCCAGAUUUAAUACCAAUUUUAUCCGACAAUAGCGAAGACGAAUUGAAGGAGGCGUCAUUUGAUCCGAGAAGUGGUUUCACAAUUAGAAACUUGCUGGUGAAGGAUAGCAAUUAUUACAAGUGCUUGAUAGAGAAGGACGGCGAGGAGCACACGGUCAACUACAUAUUAGCCGUGCAUCUAAAACAAACCUUACCAGAACCAAAAAUUCAAGACGAGAGUUUGCUACACGUUACACGCGGACAAGAUCUUUACGUGAAUUGUUCCGUUGAAGUUGAUUUAUCCAUGAGAUACGUAUUCGAUUGGAACACGCCGCAACAGAAUAGCAAUAGAAUAAGCACACAGCAAUUCAGAAAACAGCUCGACGAGAAUUCUGUCCUAGUUACGUGUCAGUUGACGAUACUUAACGUAACGGACGAGGACGCGGGGGAAUACGAGUGCGUCAUAAGAUCGAUUCACGACAUCAAGAGCAUAAGAAAGAAUAUCACGAUACACGAUCCUCAGAUGAAAUAUAUUAAUCUUAUACCUCAACACACUGAUAAAUAUUAUCAAGCACACAGCGGUAGUUAUAUUCAAUGGGUCGUUUACAUUGAUGGAUAUCCGAAACCGCAUUUACAGUGGUUUAAGCCGAAUAACGAAGAAAUUAUAGAAAACCCAAAGUAUUUCGUGAAUACAAGCGCAACAGCUACCAUUUUGAAAAUAAUGUCAUUAAACGUAUUAGACACAGGAAAUUACACGCUUGAAGCAAAAAAUGACUAUAUAAUCGAAAAAGUGAACUUUACAUUGGAUGUCAUAGCUAAACCGGUUUCUAUAUUGACGCGUAUUGACUCUUACUAUCCGCCUAACGAAAGUUCGGAAUUUCAUUGCGAGGUAAUAUCAAAUCCGUCUCCGAAUAUAACAUGGAGUUUUCUGAAGUGUCCUAAUUAUCCAUCGCUUGAGAAUUCCACAAAUGUAUACCCGACGGACGCAACACAAAACGCAGCUUACAGCGCUAGCUACAGAUUCGAAUCGACAUUGAAAAUGCCUAUCGAGCUAUCGGGAAAAAUAACAUGUAAGGCCUGUAACGUCUUUGGCUGUGACACAGUGACUGAAAAUAUUCUUGUAUCUGAUGGAUUAGGCGCGUUUGGUAUUAUUGGACCAAAAGAGCCUGUGGCAAAAGGUGAUGAUGUGGAAUUGGUUUGUGCCGCAUCUGUUUAUAAUUAUACAAAUGAAUUAACGUGGAUCAUAUCGGCAAAUGAAAUUGAAAAGCCAAUUAAUGAAACAGAAAGAUUACAGAUUUUGCAACAUAAAACUCCGUUUACUUAUCGAUCAACAUUGAAGCUCAAUGAUGUCCAGGAAACAGAUGCCCAAGUUUACACCUGUACUGGACAAAUCAUAAAUGCAUUAAAUCACGAGGUCUCAGAUGCGCUUUCUGACUAUACAUACCGCGAAUUAGUUAUUCAUGAUCCAGUGCCACCGUAUUUCGUUAAAACCAAUAUGAAUAAAACUGAAAUAAGAAAUGUCGAUGUGAUCGCUGACGGCCACAAGACGGUGAUCUUACAAUGUUUUGCAGAAGGAAUGCCAAAACCAGCAGUUACCUGGUAUAAGGACAAUAUAUUGUUGAAGGAAAAUGAUCAAUUUUACUUUAAAUAUAACUAUCAAGAACUUAAUAUAAGAUAUUUGAAGCAACAUGACAGUGGAAAAUAUUCCUGUCGGGCUGUUAGUCGACUGGGCACCAAGGAGACUUACCAGCAAAUAACGGUGAAAAAUACAAAAUGGCAAAAACUUGACAUAAUAUUAGCUGCAUCAAUAGCAAUACUAGGUUUUGUACUAGUGAUUUUAGCGAUCUUUUUCACAAUUAAAGUUCGUCGUGAAAAGAAAAUGAGGAAGGAAUUGAUGGAAGCUGGUCUUAUGCACUUUGAAGAAGGUGCUUUAGAAUGUUUAAAUCCAGAUUUGACGGUUGACGAUCAAGCGGAACUACUUCCUUACGAUAAGAAGUGGGAAUUUCCACGCGAACGAUUAAAGCUCGGGAAACAAUUAGGCAGUGGUGAAUUCGGGGUAGUAAUGAAGGCGGAAGCGCAAGGAAUAUGCGAAAACGAAACUGUCACUACGGUUGCUGUGAAGAUGGUUCGUCGAACAACUAAUCCAACUUACGUUCGUGCACUUGCGAGCGAAUUGAAAAUUAUGGUGCACCUUGGCAAGCAUCUAAACGUCGUCAAUCUUCUUGGUGCUUGCACUAAAAAUAUAUCAAAACGCGAAUUGCUGGUCAUUGUCGAAUAUUGCCGCUUUGGGAAUUUGCAUAAUUACCUUUUACGGCAUAGAAACGAUUUUAUCAACCAAAUCGAACCCAAGACUGGGAAACUCGAUCUUACUAUCGGUAUGGAUAUACUGACGAGAACUGUCAGCAUCAGUAGCAAUAACAGGAUAAAAUAUGCGGCAUUGUCCUUUUCUCGCAGUCUUAGCGCGAAUUCAGACGCCGACAUGGUGGUGCACUAUUGUCCGGGAACGAAUCCGGAUUCCCCAGAGAUUAACUUCUCGCCAGACGUCUCUCUCUGUGUCAACAGUAAUUCGUCUCAACCAGGAUGGAGAUCAAAUUACUGCGGUGACUACAAAGACCAAAAUCUCAAACCGAUCUGCACUCAAGAUCUGUUGUCUUGGGCGUUUCAAGUGGCACGUGGAAUGGAAUAUCUCAGUCAGAGAAAGGUGUUGCAUGGUGACUUGGCGGCAAGAAAUAUUUUGCUUGCCGACGAUAAUAUAGUAAAGAUUUGUGACUUUGGUCUAGCAAAGACCAUGUACAAAGAUGGCAAUUACAAGAAAAAAGGUGAUGGCCCGGUGCCAAUUAAAUGGAUGGCUAUCGAAUCGAUCAGAGACCGAGUCUUCUCGACGCAAUCCGACGUAUGGAGCUUUGGCAUAGUUCUCUGGGAAUUUUUCACCUUGGCUGAGACGCCUUACCCGGGGAUGGAGGCAGAGAAACAGUAUCAAAAAUUGAUAGAGGGCUAUAGAAUGGAGCAACCAGAUUACGCCAUUCGCGAGGUGUAUGACAUUAUGUUGCAAUGCUGGAAGGCCAAACCGACGCUACGUCCAAGCUUUACGGAUCUUGUGGAGGGCAUUGGAAAUUUAAUGGAAGAAAGUGUGAAAAUGCACUACAUUAGUCUAAAUACACCGUACAUGGACAUGAACACGAUGAACCUGGAGGGCGGCAAAAACGACUAUCUGACGAUGAUGUCCGCGCCGGAUCAUGCAGUUUUAUCAUCGCCGACCCACGAUUACGUGAACGCGCCGUUCUCGAAAGGCGCGCUGGAUCCGUCAUACUUAUGCAUGAGUCCCGGCUGCCCGACGGACGAGUCCGGGAUAUUUAGCCCACGACCGCAUCAGGAGCACUCACACUUUGAGUUCCCAUCGCCCGCGUCGGACUCCGAGUCGGAAACGGUCGAGCUGUCACCCAUGCUGAAGCGUGAGGACGAUCCCUAUCUGAAGCCGAUCAACGUUCACGAGCGAAGAGCGGAAUUCGCGCGGCAGAGGCAAGCGAUGAAGAACAGCCAGACGGUCGAGAGACCGAUUGAUCGAGAUUCCGGUUAUUGCAACGCGCCGCGGAAUCUUCACCUGAUAGAUCUGAACAACACGAGAACGAACGAGAACAAUGCACAAACGGACACGACGGACUCGAGAAAGGGAGAUUAUGCGCCGUCCAUCAUUAGCACGCACAACAAUUACGUAAAUAUGCCGAAACAGAAGAACGAUCUGAGAAAGGGUAUGCCGGACAGUUUCAGCAAUCCGAGUUACGUGAUGAUCAGUAAUCGCGAGAUGGAUCAGAGAGCUGGAGCUUAAUGCGUUUGGAAAUUUUAGCAAUGUGCUCUUGUCAAUAUCGAAUUUUAAAAGCAAGAUUCAAUGCGGUUUAGUAAUUCACUUGUAAUUUUGCACCGCAAUAUAACGACGUUUUGUACCAUCAUAACUGCAAUUGUACCUACGUCAUAACACGCGAGAUAAUAUCGAAUUUAAUAUUUUGCAAAAUAUCUUUCAGUGUGCCAUGGCGAUCAAUAGCAUAUCGAAGAUGCAUCAGUACAAAUAGAAAUAAAGAGGAUACUUUCUCAUUGGAUAUAUUGGCGAGAGAGCGAAACGCAAUAUAUUCAUGUGCAAAUA